AUUGUGUAUUAAAUGUCCCAAUUCUUACAACCAACCAUCUUAUUAUUAAGAGAAGGCACAGACACAUCAUAAGGAAGAGCUUAGAUAGUGUCUAACAUCAAUGCUGUAUAAGCUGUGGCUGAUGUGGUAAAAAGUACCCUUGGUCCAAGAGGAAUGGAUAAAAUGAUAUAGACAGGUCCUAAAGUGACAAUUUCUAAUGAUGGAGCUACAAUUCUAAAUUUAUUAGAGGUUGUUCAUCCAGCUGCUAGAGUAUUGGUAGAUAUUGCCAAAUCCUAAGAUGAUGAGGUUGGUGAUGGUACAACAUCUACAACAUUGUUGGCAGCUGAAUUAUUAAAAGAAGCUAAGCCUUUUAUAGAAGAAGGAAUUCAUCCAUAAAUAGUGAUUUAAGGAUAUAGAAAAGCUUUGGAAUUAGCAUUAGAAAAAUUGGAAGGGUUUUCAAUAAAUAUAUCUCGAGAUUCUCCAGAAGAUAAGAGAAAUACUUUAUUGAAAUGUGCUUAAACAGCAUUAAACUCAAAAUUAGUAUAAUAAUAAUAAAUUUUAAUUAGUUAGCCAAUACUAAAUAAUUCUUUAGUGAAUUAGUUGUAUCAGCAGUAGAAAAGUUAGACCCAAAUAUUUUAGAUAGAGAUUUGAUAGGAAUCAAGAAUGUAACAGGAGGAAGUGUAACUGAUUCAUUUUUAGUUGAUGGAGUUGCAUUUAAGAAAACAUUUUCAUAUGCUGGAUUUGAAUAAUAACCAAAAAGAUUUGAAAAUCCAAAGAUAUGUUUAUUAAAUUUAGAAUUAGAACUUAAAAGUGAAAAAGAAAAUGCAGAAAUUAGAAUUGAAAAACCAGAAGAAUAUUAAUAAAUAGUGGAUGCAGAAUGGGCAUUAAUUUAUGAGAAAUUAGAAACUAUAGUAAAAGCAGGUGCUUAAAUUGUAUUAUCUAAACUUCCAAUUGGAGAUUUAGCCACAUAAUAUUUUGCUGAUAGAAAUAUCUUUUGUGCCGGAAGAGUUGCUUAAGAAGAUCUUCUUAGAGUUUAAAAAGUAAUAGUAUUAUUAAUUAAUAAGGCUACUGGAGGAUAAGUUUAAACAACAGUAAAUGGUUUAAAUCCAGAAACUUUUGGAACUUGUGGAUUAUUUGAAGAAGUUUAAGUAGGAGCAGAAAGAUAUAACUUAUUUAAAAAUUGUCCAUAAGUAUUUAAAGAUUAAAAUAAUAUCUUAGUCUAGAACAGCUACUAUAGUAUUAAGAGGAGGAGCCGAAUAAUUUAUUUAAGAAGCUGAAAGAUCUUUAAAUGAUGCUAUUAUGAUUGUUAGAAGAUGUUUCAAAGCUAACAAGAUUGUAGCUGGAGGUGGAGCUAUUGAAUUAGAAUUAUCUAGAUAUUUAAGACAUUACGCUAGAUCUGUAACAGGAAAGACAUAAUAUAUUGUUAAUUCUUAUGCCAAAGCUUUAGAAGUAAUUCCAAGAACUAUUGCUGAAAAUGCAGGAUUAAAUUCUAUUGAAAUUAUGAAUAAACUUAGAUAAAGACAUGCUUAAGGUGGAGAUGAAGGUAGAUGGUACGGAGUUGAUAUUAAUGGAUAAUCAGGAGUUUGUGAUACUCAUUCUUCCUUUGUUUGGGAACCUAGUUUAGUCAAAAGGAAUGCUCUUUGUUCUGCAACUGAAGUAUUUUUAUUAUUUAUUUUUAUAGGCUGCUUGCGCAAUUUUAUCUAUUGAUGAAACUGUUAAAAAUCCGAAAUCUGAUUAAGAUACAAAAAUGAAACCAAAAGGAUAACCAGGUAGACCACCUAUGGGAAUGAGAAGAUGAAUGUCAUAUAAAAAAUAACAUAUAUAUAUUAAUUGAAUUUUGUAG